AUGAAUAGCGAUACAGAGAUGACUGAUCAACAGUCAACAUCGACAACAACAACUACCAAUACUACAGCAGCUGCUGUUUCGAAUAACAAUGAAACAUCAGGUACAAAAAUAGAUGAGAUCAAAUCAACUGUUAAAUCACAGAGAGUAGCUACUCACAGUCAUAUCAAAGGUUUGGGUUUGAACUCGGACGGCACUGCCAAUGUGAUCGGUGACGGUCUGGUCGGUCAGACCAAGGCACGUGAAGCAUCCGGUAUCGUCGCCGAGUUGAUCCGUUCCAAGAAGAUGGCUGGCAAAGCGUUGCUCAUGGCCGGACCACCCGGCACCGGUAAGACAGCGUUGGCACUCGCCAUCGCUCAGGACCUCGGUAGCAAGGUGCCGUUCUGUCCGAUGGUCGGUUCCGAAGUCUACUCGACCGAGGUGAAAAAGACAGAGAUUCUCAUGGAGAAUUUCCGUCGUUCGAUUGGUCUACGUGUAAAAGAGACAAAGGAGGUAUACGAGGGUGAAGUCACAGAGAUUACUCCGGAGGAAACAGACAAUCCACUCGGUGGCUACGGCAAGACCAUAGCGAGUGUCGUCGUCGGUCUAAAGACAACCAAGGGAACGAAACAGCUGAAACUCGAUCCCACUAUCUACGAGGCGAUUCAGAAGGAGAGAAUCACACCGGGCGACGUCAUCUACAUCGAAGCAAACAGCGGUUCGGUGAAGCGUGUCGGUCGUUCCGAUUUCUACGCUACGGAGCACGACCUCGAAGCCGAGGAGUACGUUCCACUCCCGAAAGGAGAAGUCUUCAAGAAGAAGGAUAUCAUUCAGGACGUCACUCUACACGACUUGGACUUGGCCAACGCCAAGCCACAGGGUGGACAGGACAUCAUGUCGAUGAUGGGUCAGAUGAUGAAACCCAAGAAAACAGAGAUCACAGAGAAGCUGCGUUUAGAAAUCAACAAGAUCGUCAAUCGCUACAUCGAGCAGGGUGUCGCAGAGUUGGUGCCGGGCGUGUUGUUCAUCGACGAAGUACACAUGUUGGACAUCGAGUGUUUCUCCUACUUGAAUAAAGCAUUGGAAUCAACGUUGGCACCGAUCGUUAUUUUCGCUACGAAUCGUGGAAAUUGCGAGAUCAAAGGAACCGACAUUGUUUCGCCACACGGUAUCCCAGUGGAUUUGCUAGAUCGUCUGAUGAUUAUCCGUACACUGCCCUACUCGUUCAAUGAAAUCGUACAGAUUCUCACAAUUAGAGCAACCGUAGAGGCACACAAGAUCGAAGAUGACGCACUGCAGUAUCUCGCAGAGAUCGGUGACAAAUCGUCACUGCGUUACGCCAUCCAACUACUCACACCAUCCGCCAUACUUUCAAGAACGAACGGACGUCCCUCCAUUACCAAAGACGACAUUGAAGAAGUCAACAGUUUGUUUAGCGAUGCCAAAACCUCUGCAAAAUUACUUGAAGAGAAUAAGUCAAAGUAUCUCUAUUAA